AUGCAGGCACCGUCCACCGCGCAGGCCCCUCCGUCUUACCCGCCAACAAUGCUGACCACCGUGCCAUUUCCUUCGACCGAGCAAGCUCCCCAGCCACCUCCCAUUGAAACACAGGAGGACACCACUGGCCAUCCCGAUAGCAUGAACAUCGAGGAGGAGCCGUUGUUCGCUGAGGAGCUCACACAAGUCGCCGCUGCACAAGCUCGAGGUCGCCGGGUUAGCAAAAGAACCAGAAACUACACGGUGCAGGAGGACAAGAUGCUCGUCGAUGGAUGGUUGACCAUUGGGCAAGAUGCAUUGACAGGUGCCGAACAGAAGUGGACCGCGUUCUGGCGCCAGAUAUAUGAAUACUUCCAUGAACAUCGCAAAUACGGACAGGAGGCAUUUGAGAGCGACCGCAGCGAGAUAUCCGUCCAAAAGAGGUGGGGAGCAAUUCAAACGGGAUGCAACAAGUUCCAGGCGGCGUAUGAUCACUCGAAGCGGAUGCCCGUUAGCAUCAUGGGCAUGAAGGACUUGGUGUGGCAAGCUUUGGAUUUCUACAAAAGUAACAAUGAACAAAAGACCUUUGCAUUCCCUCAUUGUUGGAAGGAACUCCAUGGCACCCCCAGGUUCCAGGAGGGGUACGAGGGGUACAUGGCGACCUUGACUGGAAGCAAGACCGCCAAAGAUGCCACGGCCGACCAGCUGGAACUGGAGGCGGUGGUGGCGGAGGCGGAGGUUGCGGAGGCGGAGGCGGCAGAGCACACGGAAUUGCGCCUCGCGGCGACCAGGGCAGAAAUCGCCGACGCCAGGACCGAGCUCGCCAACGCCAGGGCGGCGCUCGCGGAGGCGCGUGCGGUGAUGGCGGCCCCACCUGCGGAUAGGGCCCGCUUCCACGCCCAGCUGGAAGGGUUGCAGGCGGCGGCCGCGGAGGCGGCCCAGAGCGGAUGA